AUUCGAGUUAUUCGUAUACGAAUCGGUCGUUUACGUUACUCGUAUGAUGUUCAAGAAUACGAGAUAAUGAACUACAGACUUCUAUAAUAUAUAGAUAGUAUAUAAGUCUGUGUAAUGAACGUAGACGAGCAAAGAUAACAAACUGCUCGUAUACGAGUAGUAACGUAUACGUUUGGUCGUUCUUUUCGAGAAUAGACCCCCUGGCGUAUUCAACGACUCGUCGAAUCGAGUUUGUUGUGUCGAAUUUAUUAGUGUAACCGUCGUCGGUUGCACCGAAUCUAGUUCCGUUUUGAUUAUUGUUUAAGUAAAACUUAUUUUUCUAUUGUUAAGCCUACUUCCUGGAGAGUAUUAUUGGUCGCUUCUCCUCGCCGAACACCGAAAUACCCGAUUAACAAGUAUUUUAAACAUAAUAUCAUAUUAUUAGAACAACGAUGUUGGGGGAAUCUGAUGAGUUUUCGGAAAUACUGAAAACUGGCUUCCCGAUGUAUCUGUUGAUCGCCAUCCCGUUGCUGUUGGUCAUGAAUCCGGUGUGUCCCGUGAACGCAGCACACGAGUUCACAGUAUACCGCGCCCAACAGUACAGUCUACAAGGAGCCACAUACGGUUCAAAGAGCAGUAUAAUCAACCUGGAAGCCAGAUCCCUGAAAACUUGGAGCAGUCGAUCGAGGCAUUGCGUGUUUGUACUGAUGGACAACUUCACGACAGAAGAAUAUGAACAAAUUGCAUCCGGAUCUGGUGCCUUAGUGCUGGUUAUCCCUCCUGCACCAUAUACUCAAGAGCAACAGAAAACGAUGCAAGAAAUAGAACAAACCAUUUUAUUAUCAGAUACUUCCAUACCAAUAUAUAUAAUUAAUUGGACUACUGAAGUCGAUGAUUUAAUGAAUGAUUUGGCCGAUAGUAAAAUUAUAGAUGAAAAUGCAAGUUCUGCAGCUAAAGCCUUCAUUAAUUCAGUUUCUGCAAACGGUUAUCAAAUAGUAGUAUCAGCAAAUAAACCAGUCUUGCAACAGAAUAUUGCUAUAUCAACGAUUCAGGGUCAAUUGAUUGGAUAUGGGUUUCAAGAUAAGUUACCCAGUAUUUUGGUUGUUGCUCAUUACGACAGUUUUGGUUUGGCGCCAGAGUUAUCAUACGGUGCUGAUAGCAAUGGUUCAGGAGCUGCUAUACUUUUACUAUUGGCAAAAAUACUUAGUCGAGUUUAUGCAGAAAAAAAUCGACCCAAAUAUAACAUUAUGUUUAUUUUAAGUGGUGGUGGUAAACUCAACUACAUAGGAUCUAAAAACUGGAUUGAACAACAAAUGGAAAAAUCUAAUACACUACAAGAUGUGUCAUUUGUAUUGUGUUUAGAUUCGUUGGGCAGUGAUAAGAAUAUUUAUGCACAUGUUUCAAAACCACCAAAAGACGAUACCAAAAUGGGAAAUUUUAUGAAUGAACUUAAUAAUAAUUUAGGAGAAAAUGGACUGAAAAUCAUUCAUAAAAAAAUAAAUCUGGGCAGUGAUACACUAGCUUGGGAACAUGAAAGAUAUAGUAUAAGAAGGUUGCCUGCUUUCACUCUUGCUAGUUUAAAAAGUCACAAAAACAAUUCGAGGAGGUCAAUUUUGGAUACAAGCGAAACAUUAGAUUCAAAAAUUGUGUAUCGCAAUGCUCAGAUUAUAGCUAAAACGUUAGUUGCUCAUCUAUAUGAUUAUAAUACAUCUGAAACUCCCAAAAUUAAUGUCGAUUUUGAGUCAUUACGUACUUCAUUGGAUUUAUUGGUUUUACAGCCUAGAUCCUCACAAAUAAUUGCUCAAAAAAACCAUCCAUUAGUCGAUAAUUUAUUUUCAUUGAUGAGUAAAUAUUUAAAGGAUGUUAAUGUGUCUCAUCUUACUGCAGAAAAAGUUGAUCCACAGUUUUCAUUUUACACAGUUACUAGGGCUAUUUUACAAGUUUACAGUGUCAAACCAGCAGUGUUUGAUCUCAUUCUUACUCUAGCAAUAGCUGUUUACUUGUCAAUAGUCUACUUUUUUAUUCAGUUUGUACCAGUUGUAUAUUAUUUGUACAUUGGUACAUCAACACCAGAACCUGUUACUAGUUUACCGAAGAAAAAUAACCGUAAAGAAAAGCAACAAUAAAUAGAUUUAUUUAUUUCUUAUUUUCUUAUUUAGUUUAUAUAUUCCUAUAUAAAUAAAAAAUAUUCUUUUUUGCUCAAAGCGAAUUAUUGUAGUCACCUUCAAUAAACUUAAUGGUUUUUCUUUUUUAGUUAUUCUAACACAAAUGCAAAAUGCAAAAUUAAAAAAAAAAUGUAAAUUUAGAAAAUUACUGAAAAGUAGUGAAAUAAAUUAGUCACUAGUAACUGCCCUCCCUCAGUUUACUUUGUACUAUUCUAAUUUUGACUGAUUAGAGUAUUAAUUUUAAAUAUAAUUUUGUUUCUAAGUGUUUUGAAUUUUACAAUUUUUUUACGUAAUUCACACAACGAUCAAUAUUAUAAAUCWUAUUAAUAUGUUAUGACAACACUGCCAGUGUUUGCUAAUUUUUGAGACAAAUCACUUAAAAUGUCAAAGUUAGAACAAUAAGUAUACAAUAGUUAAUUAGGUGUAACAUCUAACAAGAAAUAAUGAUUAUUUUUUGCAUUGGUUUAUUAUUAUUAUUUAAGAAUGAAAAUGUAUUGCAUUAACAACUGUUUUUUUGUGAAGGCAUUUUCAAUUCUUUCAUUAUAGAUUGAAAUUUAAAAUAAAUGAAUUUUAUGGAUGCAUUA